UACGCCUGUAUGAGUAGAUGUAAGGAGCCAUUUUGCAAAAGUAUAGGUGGGGAUAAAUCAGGAAGGUUACAACAAUUUGAUGGGUAUUGACUUCUGUUUAAAAAGGCAUUCCGAAAAUGGGCUGUCACAUAAAGAAUCCAAAGAAUCCGUAUGAAGUUCAGUGCUUAUCCCUUCAAAACAAUGAAGAUUUUUAUCUCUAUUUUCACUCUUUAAGUGGGCAGCAAGAGCUAAUUGCCGACUGUGUUUACAAGGAAAGGCACGAAUGCUUCUUCACAAAAGAGGGUUUCAACAUGACUAUUGAUGAUGGUCACGUGCCUACAAUAGUAGUAUCUGACACAAUCUGGAAACAGACAGGAAGAUUUCUUUGUCAAAAAGGAGGACAGCUUUUAAAUGAUCCAUGCCCAUUCCCUCCUCCAAGUAGCAGUACCACAUCUGAGGGUGUCUUAAAUACCGCAAGAGAUGAAAAUUUCUCAUUAAAUAACAGUUCAAAAUCUGAAAUCAACUCAAGUACGCCCGGUGAAGCAGAUAUCAACGCAAUAGCAAUCAUUGGUGCUGCUAUUGGAGCUGCUGUACUCAUCAUAAUGAUCCUGGUCAUCAGCAUUCUGUUGCUCAAGAAAUACAAAUUUAAGAAAAGACCUAAAUGUCCGGAAAAAUGCAAUCCGGAUGAAAAAAAGACAAAGCGCUUACAGAGGCAAACAUCUGCUGACAGCAGAAAGAGCGAAGCGGGUUAUACUGAUAUACUGGAUGGACUUGAGUACCAAAAUACUGUUUCUUCAUCAUCAAGUGGACAAUCACACAAACCUCUUCUUUGACAACCCUCAGGAAAAAAACUCUUUCCGUGUCUGGAUUGAAAUCAGCCAGUGAGGCUAAGCAUUGAGACUAACUAUUAAGACUCCUUAACUUAUAAAAAAUAAUUUGGGAACAAAAUAUGAUCUCUAGAGAGGGAUGGAUUUUACUUAAAUAAUAUUUCUGCGCAAAAUAAUAUGAUCAUUAUUCAGAUAUUUUCUAUUUGCAAAAUGGAUGUGCCAUGAAGCACGUUAUUAUUGACUAGAAAAGUGAAUGUCUAAACAGUCAAAAGCAAUAAAAUUAUUAAAAGAUGUUGUUACUUAAGAGUUAAGACUAUACUGGCGGCUCUAGGCUCAUCGAGGAAUAACACGGAAUAAACUAUAAACUGUAAGAGUAUUCAAACAUAUUUGUCCAGAUAAAAAAAUUCAACAAAAGUGUGCAUCUAAGAAUUCAAUAUAAUAUUAUAAAAAAAUCAACACAUCAAAUUGAUUAAUUUAGUGAAGUGUAGACGAAAACAAUUAACAGUAAUUACCCCACCCACCCAUGUAACCUCGAUAUACGUGUACAGGUUUUAAUAGUAUAGGCGAAUGAACUGUAGCUCUUCAUCGCCUUCGGUCCAGCACCCAGCAACACGUGACCUACGAGUACGUUAUAGCCCCGUGACGUCACUGAGGAGUAUGUCUGUUGUGACCUCGGACACCACCUGACCGUCACGGCCAGUGAGUACGGCCUUCGUGUGUCGUCAACCGCCAAGUUACGCGGGGCGACUACAGAAUGUCUAACCAAUAACUCCCUCGGGGAAGGAUCAACCGAAUCUCUUUGAAAUGUAUUUGUGUUAUUUUACUCUAGUGGGUGGAGAUGCGAAGGGCGACAACCUUCACAUAGUGGGAAGAUGAACUGUGAGUAAUGUACACAAUAACUGGUAGAGAGGUUAUAGGAGAGAUAAUUGAACAGGAACAUUAAAACUGAAACCUCAUUGCCAAACAGUAUGAGAGAGUGUGAGGAGUGUAUAAUCUUCAUAGUGUAAGAUUUGCCUAUAUAGUGAGAUUGAUCUUGGGGAAUGCCCCGGACUGAAAAUUGCGUCUGUUGUUUGGAUGUUUGUCGCCUUUAGACCUUGUGUUA